UUGUUUUCAUCAGUUUGGAAGACAAAAAAAAACAAGCGAGUGAGUGAUUCAGGAAAAAAAGUGUCUAAAUUGAUUCAGAUCCCUAUUUUUUUUGUAAUACCGCGAAUCGGUAAUCCAAAAAAUAUCGAAGAUGAGCGAAACUUGUGUUGCAGAUAAACAACCCGAAGAUUGCUCUGCAAUGGCCGAAGAUCGACCGCUGACACCGGAAGAGGAACCGGCUCAGGAAGAACCACCCAAGCCGGAGGAUAUGCAGGUGGUUAAGAUGGAAGAUGUGAUUACGAUCGAUCCGGAUGCGACCGAUGUUGACCUGAACCAUGGACGGAUCGGGAAAAUAGAACGGUUGGAACCGUUGGUCAAUCUAGAAAGGCUUUAUCUGCGAUGGAAUCUGAUCAAGAAAAUCGAAAAUUUGGAUCAUUUGAUCGCCCUUCAGGAGCUAGAACUGUACGACAAUCAGAUUACGAAGCUGGAGAACCUGGAUAACUUGGUCAAUCUGGAAGUUUUGGACAUUAGCUUCAAUCGGAUUCACAAAAUAGAAAAUUUGGAUCGAUUAGUUAAAUUGAGUAAACUAUAUCUGUGUGCAAAUAAGAUCUCAGUUAUUGAAAACAUUGGUCAUCUUAGCAACUUGACCAUGCUGGAAUUGGGAGAUAAUAAGCUAAGGAAAAUUCAACACUUGGAUACAUUGACAAACUUGACCAAGCUGUACUUGGGCAAGAACAAGAUCACCAAGAUCGAGAACUUGGACAAACUGGUCAACCUGGAGUGCCUUAGCUUGCAGUGCAAUCGACUGGUGAAGAUCGAAAACCUAGACAAGCUGGUCAACCUGACGGAGCUGUAUUUGUCCGAGAACGGAAUCGAAAAGAUCGAAAACCUCGAUCACAACAAGCAGCUGGACACGCUGGAUUUGGCCAAAAACCGUAUUAAAACCAUUGAGAAUGUGGCGCAUUUGGAGUGCCUGGAAGAAUUCUGGAUGAACGACAACUCCGUCUCGGACUGGACCUGCGUGGAUGUGUUGGCGGCGAAUAAAAAGUUGGCCACCGUCUAUCUGGAACGUAAUCCAAUCGCUUCGGAUAGCACCUACCGUAAGAAGUUGAAGCUGGCCAUUCCGUGGUUGACCCAAAUCGAUGCCACACUGUGUCGUUAAACAGUCGAAAUGCAUGGAGCGCCAUCUCAUCAGUAGUAAGAAGGGAACAAAUUGAGCAUACUUAAUACAAACCGACGUUAAUGUUUUAUUAAUUGGAACAUAACCUGAAGAAAUGCUGCAUACUAAUAAUUAUCAGUUGUAUGGCACUACACUUGGAAUAUCAUUGUAACAAGAGAUAAAAAGAAUUGUACACUCCA